CGAGAUGCGCGUGAUGCGAUGCGAGCACCUUAAGCACUUUACUACGUAGACGAGCCUUCCUUUGUUGCCGCCUGAGAUGUCAUUGAGCCGCUGUUAGAUCCGCUGUUCCCUCCCUGCGACCUAUCUACAUGCCCAGGAUGGCCGAGUCCGGCGUGCGUCGCACCUCCAACCGGACGGUCUUCGACGGCGUGACCGACAACGGUGCCCCUGAGGCCAUGCUCAAUGGUGCUGGGCCGGGUCGCGCCAAGGGACGGUCGGGCUCCAAGCUGCUGCGGCGGAUGGUGGCAGCUGUCACGGUGCUGGCCAUAUUCGGCACUUCACUCACCUUCCUGCUAUUCAGGUAAACCCAUGACACUCGCAGACAGAUCCAUGACAUCGUAUUGCUGAGUGUUGUGCUUCUUUCCCCUUCGUGGUGCGGUGCAGAUCUUUCCUCUAUGACCCGGGGUAUAGUCUAGACCCGUCAUACCUCUACUCCACCCACUACGGCCAGCUGGACAUCCCCCAGCACCGCUCACUCUCCCGCGCAGCCAGGCACAGACUCGGCGGGGCCAAACGCGACGCAGCCAGCCAGGCGGCCGCCUCGGGAGGCAACACGAGCAAUCAGCAGCCGCAGGCGGGCGCUUUCUCUGCUGUUGGUGAGGUGGAUGUUGCGGCAGCAGCGGUUGCAGCAGCGGUUGCGGCAGCGGAUGAAGAUCCGAGGCGUCAUCGGCCCGAGUACAUUCAGGAGUUCCUCGACUGGCUAGGGAAAAAUGGGAUGCCCUCGACUAGCUACGAAGGGUCCGUCAAGACCGACAUGUCCAGCGGCCGGCUCGUACUCAAGGCGGCACGGUGAGUAAGCGGAGAGAGAGAGAGAGAGAGAGAGAGAAGGCUGUAUGCGGAAAGAAAGUAUGUAUGUGUGUGUGUGUGCGUGUGUCUGGUGUAGUGACAUCAAGUGGGGUGAGCUGAUCUUGAGUGUGCCGGCCUCGGCUGUUCUCAACAUCACCGCCGCCAAAUGGAGCAGACCGGGCGGGCCGCUGAUCGAUGAAGCUCGCAAACGACGUAACACAAACGAUGCCACAACCACACACACACACACAUCCAUCCACCCACCGAUUCAUUCAGUCAUUCCACGUGAGCUUCCUCGCCUGUUUGGUGCCUUGGUGUCUGCCUGUGCCUGUGCCUGUGCCUGUGCCUGUGCCUGUGUCUGUGUGUGUGCAGGUGAUCUGUCCGUGGAGGAGGCCAUGUAUGCCUUUGCGAUGCACGAGUGGCUGCGGGCGGACAAGAGUCACUGGUGGCCAUGGAUCAAGCUGUGGCCGCAGCAACCUGACGCUAUCGUCUACUUCGACCAAAAGAAUCUCGAUGAGGCGCAGGUGAGACUGGCACAUUGAGAGAGAGAAAGGGAUGCCCGCCCGCAUCUCUUUGUCUCAAUGUCCGGGAAUGGGCGAUGUAUGUGUUGUGUGCGCAGGAUUUCCGGUUGUCUGAUGUGCGUGACGAUGAGCUGCAGGACGUCACUCGCCAGUACCAACACAUCUUCGCAGAGACGCUCACACGAAAGAACAAGAAGAUAUUCCCGCCAACCCUCUACACAGGCACGUGACACUCCACACACACGGCGCACCGACCGACGCGCACACAUUGCACCUUGUGAAUGGGUGGGUGGAUGUGUCCUGCAGAGGAUUUGUUCAAGUGGGUGCGUUCGAAUCUGAUGUCGCGGUUUUUCCACGUGGCCGAUGCGGUGGAGCAGAUCUACGUGCCGCUCGUGGACUUCCUUGACCACAAAGACCUGCCCACAUGCAAUCAGGUACACACACACCCACACACACACAGAUGAAUGAGUCCAUCCAUCCAUCCAUCCAACCAAUCGGUCGAUCAACCAAUCGGUCGAUCAACCGACUGAUUGCCUGCAGGACGACGACACGAUCAUGUUUGGGUGGAACGCCAAGACGCGUCGGCACGAGGUCUUCGCCAACGAGGACUCGCCGGCCGACACCCCGCUGUCCCUCUGCUACAACCCCGACACCAACAUGCAGCUCCUCAGGUACUACGGCUUCGCAAUGCCCCAAAACAUAUGGGACGAGGUGACCGUGGUCGUCACCAUCGAUAACACCGACACGGACACAGCUGACGGGGGCGGUGGCGGCGGUGGCGGUGGCGGCGAGAAUGGUGGGGGUGGUGGGGGCAAGGGCGGCGGUGGGGGGUGGGACGAGGAGGACGUCAGUAUGAAUGACGGAGAGCCCUACACAAUGGAGGUCAUGGUGCAGGUAGGUCAGACGGACAGACAGACAGACCAUCCGUGUGUGUGUCGACCUGUCCAUCCUUGUGUGUUGGUGCGCGUGUGUGUGUGUGUGCAGGACCCCCGCCGCCCGGACUUUCAGCUCGAGAAGACCAUUUUGGAGCUCUGCGGCGCGGCAGAGGACCUCUGGACAGACGACGAUGCCGAGGACGGUGGGGUCGGAGCACAGCAGGAGGUGCCGCCCACCGGCAUGACCAACACAUGGAUCAACGACCGCCGCCGAUGGCACGAGAACGACGUUGACGCCAUGCUCGCACUCUACCGACAGAAGCGAGACAAGGCGGCAAACGCCCCACCAGCAGCAGCUGACAGCGAGGGUGACGGUGGUGGUGGUGGUGGUGCCAAGAAGGCGGUGCAGGUGACUCCCUGGUGUGUGGCGCAGUCUCUGUCAGUGCUGGACGACGUGUUGAAGGGCUACCCCACGACCCUUGAGCAGGAUCAGCAGCUGUGGCAAGAGCUGACGGGCAAGGGCGGCGGGGUCAGCCAAAGCCGAAAGAACCAGAGACAGGACGCCGCCUACAGAUCUGCUGUCGCAUAUCGGUGAGUGAGGCCACCGACACACACAACACUACCAUACACACAUGCUCCUGUCUGUCUGCCUGUGUGUGUGUGUGUGUGUGUGUGUGUUGUGUGUGUCAUCAGUCUGAAUGCCAAGCGCAUCUUGACAGAGGUCAAGGCGACCAUCAUCAAGUACCGCGAUCUCCUCAAGAUCCCCGUCGUCGACGUCAACAAGGCCAAACCAAAGACAGGCGCAAAGGGCAGCAGCGACAGCAAACAGACCAUCGACAACAAACCACCGGCCCCUGCAGCCCACAACCAGCCCCCACCAGCACCAGCAGCAGCAGCAGUGGACACAUCAGACCAGAAGGCCAGCAGCGGCAGCGGCAGCAGUGAGGGCAAGGAGACGGUCAAGCAGCGGCUGGAGAAGCUCAAGAUGGCCGGACAGGUGCCCGACACACACCAACAGCUACAGGGAGACGGCAAGGGCCAGCCAGAGGGGCAGCCAAAGGACAAGGGCCAGCAGCCACCAGCACCACCACCAGCAGCAGCGAAUGACGGGCCGAGGGUAGCCGUGGCGCAGCGAUAGCAGAGGGGCAGGGGGAGGGAGGGGGGCAUUAAUUGAGGGUGGCUGGGUGUUGACGGACGGAUGGAUGGAUCUAUCCGUCUGUCCGUCCGUCCACAUCACUGUGUAUGUAUGUAUUUGUGCAGGGGAGGGUGGCGGGGUGGGGUGGUGGGUGUAUUUAGCUUGCUCAUGGCUGACCCACGAGCGGAUGACAGACAGGCAGGCAGGCAGACGGCAGCCACAAUGUAGGUGUGUGUGAGGUGAGGCGAGCCAGGCGAGGCGGGCGAUAUGAUAGGUAGGUGUGUGUGCCGUGUCCUUUGGUCCGUCCCUUUCCUCAGUCUCUCAUGAGUGUGCGUACGUGUGGCUGUCUUACCUGUCCAGUUGGAUCACUCAUACAAUGAAUAGAUAACCGACACACUCAGAUAAGACAAGAACGAGCUAUCAGUCCCAAUGUAGGGUUCAGUGGUAGGGUGCAAAACCUUCUCGAAGAACGCGUUUCGGUGAUGAGCAACGGGAAAAAGAACGUCUUCAACCAGGUGUUUCACGUUUCCGAGCGCCCUCCCCGCCCUUUUGACUGGUUGUAUAAAUGAAAAAACAGACAGAUCUGAGUUGUGUGGUGAAGAUCUCUCCUGCAUCGCACCUGCCGCCCGAAUGCCCCUCCAUUCGGGGUUUGAACCCUUCGGUCUACAAACCCCGCUCACGACCCUUCGGUCUUAAAACCUUUCAGUCUACGCUAGCCUUAAAACCAGUUCCGGCCGUCAACAGGGUUUAAACCCUUCGGUCGUCAAACCCUGCUCAGGAUGUGGCGGCGUCCCCUGGGCCUUUAUGAGGGGGUUUUUGACGUGUCUAGGUGUCCUACCGAGCGUCCUCGAUGGCAAGGUCCCUUCCCUGAAGAGUGCGAGGGCUACAAGGACGUGCCGGUGUACUACAAGAACCACCCACAAAGGUGUGCCGACUGCGCAGCCAGACCGGGACCGAAGGGGAGGCCUACAAUGUGAAGCUGAUAUGGAAAAAGUUCAAAUCUCGCGGACUGGAGGCCAACAGGCUGGUCAGCCAGACCAAUCAGAGGGGACUCAUUCCAUUGGUGUUCAAAGUGUCGGUAUUGUCAGGUGCGCUUCAUUGGCACACGUGGUGAGUUUGAAGUACGCUACCUGGAACACCGCGAUGCAUACGCCAUCUGGGUGGGUGAGGCGCCGAAAGGGAAAACUGACACGAAGGCACACGGACGCAGACAGACAAUCGUGACUGCCUGUCUGACUCUCCCUCUCCAUUUGUGUGUGUGUGUGUGUGUGUGCGUGCGCCUGUGUGUGUCAGGGCCACUGUAGAGUCCCGAGAAGGAGGAGAUAUGGCGGAGAGAGAGCGCCUUCUUUUUGGUGAAAUGGUGGCGCCGCUUCAACGAGAGGCGGCGGCAGCGGGCAGCCCAUGAUGAGGGAACUCAACCAUUACUCACCUAAGUGAACUGAGGCGGGAGAGGCAGUCGUGUCCAUGAUGUGUGCAGCUGGGAAGGAGUAGAUAUGGGACGAGAGAGGUAGUUGCAAAUAAACAGACACCGGCACAGCUCUGUCACACGACGACAGAGCUGUUUGUUCCUCCAUGUAUAUAGGCAGAAUGUUUGCAUGUGCGACGCCAAUCUGUUUUUAUUGUCAUUUCCUGUAUUGACGGCACCGUUUAUGAUGCUUGAGACAGACGACAAAAGUCAAGACAACAUCGUGACAAGCCAGCCGAGGGUCUGCCGGUAGCUGGGCCCGAAUGUGCCGCGCCAGACAUUGAGCAGAAGUUGAAC